AUGCAGAUUGACGAAGUCGGGAGAGGUGCGUAUUGCAGAUUCCAGUUGCCGUCGCCGAAAAUGGAAAGCAUGUACUUAUUUCUGGGGACUGUGGUCUACUGCUACUUUAUCCCCUCGAUCCUCAUGUUCCUCUGUUAUCUUGCCAUAUGGAUCGAAGGUUCCUGGAGACGAAUCCCGACCGACACCAGAGACCCGACCGUAUCCCGGGUGCAGCAGAGGCCGGAGGAGGAGCCAGUAUUAAAAGUGUUCGUAGUCGUCAGCAUCGUCUUCUUCCUCUUCUGGGCUCCGUUUUACGUCAUCAUCUCUUUCCCCGAAAGCUUGAUCUUGAAAUACAUACACGUCAUCAAUUACGUGCUCCUCAUCGCCCUGUGGUUGGGUCUGUCCAAUUCGUGCAUCAAGCCGAUCCUCUAUGCCUUUCUCAACAAGAAGUUGCGAGACGGCUUCGUGGCCGUUCUCCAAACCUGCAAGUAUUGUAGAACUCUGAGAGCAGAUGAUAACUCCACGGAAUUAGCACCGAACCCAAGUGGGGAAAGGGGAGCAUGUCCUUCCAAUGAUAUUAUUGGUGAAGCAAUGCCUUCUCCCCCCAAGAUUGUCCGAAAUACAGCUAAAGUAUGGAACUUCGGACAUGCAAUAUAA